GAGGAGAGAUUAAAGCACCUGAAGUUGUCUCCUCCUUACUCAUUUGCAGCCACAGCUUCCCCACCAGCACAGCCUCAGAGGCUUCCGGAGUAGACUCGGAGGAGGAGACCAGACAUCCGUUCUCGUGAGGUCUACCUAUAAGUCACCAUGUAUGAGGACUGCGUGAAGUCCACAGAAGACUAUUACCUCUUCUGUGACAACGAGGGGCCAUGGGCCAUUGUUCUGGAGUCCUUGGCAGUGAUUGGCAUAGUGGUUACCAUAUUGCUACUCCUGGCAUUUCUGUUCCUCAUGCGGAAGGUUCAGGACUGCAGCCAGUGGAACGUGCUUCCCACUCAGUUCCUCUUCCUGCUGGCUGUGCUCGGGCUCUUCGGACUUACUUUUGCCUUCAUCAUCCAACUCAACCAUCAAACUGCCCCUGUUCGCUACUUCCUCUUUGGGGUUCUCUUUGCUAUCUGCUUCUCCUGCCUCCUGGCUCAUGCCUCCAACCUGGUGAAGCUGGUCCGGGGUAGAGUCUCCUUCUGCUGGACAACAAUUCUGUUCAUUGCUAUCGGUGUCAGCCUGUUGCAGACCAUCAUUGCGAUAGAGUAUGUGACCCUCAUCAUGACCAGAGGCUUGAUGUUCGAGCAUAUGACACCGUAUCAGCUCAAUGUGGACUUUGUCUGUCUCCUGAUCUAUGUCCUCUUCCUGAUGGCCCUCACUUUCUUCGUCUCCAAGGCCACCUUCUGUGGCCCAUGUGAGAACUGGAAACAGCACGGAAGGCUCAUAUUUGCUACUGUGCUGGUCUCUAUCAUUAUCUGGGUGGUGUGGAUCUCCAUGCUCUUGAGAGGCAACCCCCAGCUCCAGCGACAGCCCCACUGGGACGAUGCAGUCAUCUGCAUUGGCCUGGUCACCAACGCUUGGGUCUUCCUGCUGAUCUACAUCAUCCCUGAGCUGAGCAUACUCUACAGGUCAUGUAGGCAGGAGUGUCCUACACAAGGCAACGUCUGCCAGGUCCCUGUCUACCAACGCAGCUUCAGGAUGGAUACCCAGGAACCCACCAGAGCCCGAGACAGUGAUGGAGCUCAGGAGGAUGUAGCACUAACUGCAUAUGGUACUCCCAUUCAGCUGCAGAGUGCUGAUCCCAGCCGGGAGUAUCUCAUCCCAUCAGCUACACUAAGCCCACAGCAAGAUGCAGGAUUGUAAAGCUACUGGAAACAGCAUAGAGACAACCUGGAAGAGUGCCCUGCUCCACACAGCCCUAAAGAGCCCAGGGGAGCACUGGACACACUGUCAAUGAAGCAUCCUUCCUGUCCCUUCCUCUCUGUUUCCCUGCCCUUUCCACUCUUCUGGACCCAGCCUCUGAAGACUGUCAUGUCCUGCACAAUUAAAAUCUUGUUGCCACCCUA